CCGCCGCUAGACAGACACGCGACGCUACUACGUUCAAGAGUGACUGACGAGGAUUCCGUGUUUUUCUUUAUCAAAGUCUCUCCCCAUAUCAUAAUCUCGAGCGACACCGGCCCAAGUACCCGUACCUGAACAAUAAAUAUCAGACGAUUCUCCCCUUCCGUCGGUUUCACUCCAGCUGAACGACCGAGAGACCAAACCCACUGGCCACCCACUCACUCAUCCACCCGCUGGCUCUCUCUCUCUCUCUACCUUGGAAUCGCCACUCGUCAGCGCUCCAAUCCCGCGUGCAGAUCACGACCCGGAUCAUAACGACCCCCCCCGUGUCACCUUGCAACCUCACGUGCAUAGCGUCAUCGCAGCGUGUUGUCGUGUUGAUCCUGGUCUUUUGAACGGUUGCGGCCUCUUAUACCCGCGCCGCCCGAUCGACUUCACACAAUCCGCACCUAUCUCUCGCUUUUACUCUCAAGAGUGACGAAACACGCCCACCGAGACGGACAUGGACACCGCAACGACCACAGGCCGGCCGGGGCAGGCCCAUUCUUCGAAAUGGCGGUACUGGGCCGACAAGCUCGCGGUCGAGUCGGAGCCCGGGCUGACGAGCGCGCAACUGAUGCUGACGAACUAUGACCUGAAACCCGUCGAGCCCGAGAGACGGCAAUGGGGCCCCUGGAACUUCGUGGCCUUCUGGGUCGCCGACUCGUUCAACGUCAACACGUGGAUGAUCUCGUCGUCCAUGAUCGUCAGCGGGCUCUCGUGGUGGCAGUCGUGGCUGUGCGUCUGGAUCGGCUACGCCAUCGCCGGCGCCUUCAUCUGCCUGACGGGCCGCAUCGGCGCCGUCUACCACAUCGGCUUCCCCGUCGUGAACCGGUCCUCGUUCGGCAUCUGGGGCAGUCUGUGGCCUGUCUUCAACCGGGCGGCCAUGGCGUGUAUUUGGUACGGCGUGCAGGCCUACAUUGGAGGCCACUGCGUCUAUCUCAUGAUCCGGUCCAUCUGGAAGUCCUGGGACCGCAACGAGAUCCCCAACACGUUCCCCGAGGAUUCCGGCACGCGCACCGCCGACUGGGUCUCCUUCUUCAUCUUCUGGCUCUGCUCGCUGCCAGCCAUCUGGUUCCCCGUCCACAAGAUCCGCCACCUGUUCACCGUCAAGUCCUACGUCGUCCCCUGCGCCGGCGUCGCCUUUCUCAUCUGGGCCGUCGUCCGCGCCGGCGGCGUCGGCCCCAUCGUCCGGCAGCCGGCCAAGCUGCAGGGCAGCGCGCUCGCGUGGGAGUUCGUCAAGGGCGUCAUGUCGUCCAUCGCCAACUUCGCCACGCUCAUCGUCAACGACCCGGACUUCUCGCGCUUCGCCGGCAAGCCCCGCGACGCGCUGUGGUCCCAGCUCAUCACCAUCCCCGUCGGCUUCGCGUUGACGUCCUUCAUCGGCAUCAUGGUCUCGUCCUCGUCGACCGUCAUCUACGGCGAGGAGAUCUGGGACCCGCUCGACCUGCUCGAGAGGUUCAUCGACGACGGCGGCUCGGCCCAGCGCUUCGGCGUCUUCGUCAUCGCCGCCUCCUUCGCCCUCGCCCAGCUCGGCACCAACAUCGCCGCCAACUCCGUCUCGGCCGGCACCGACAUGACGGCCCUGCUGCCCCGGUGGAUCAGCAUCCGCCGCGGCGGGUACAUCUGCGCCGCCGUCGGCCUCGCCAUGUGCCCGUACACCCUGCUCACCUCGUCCAACCAGUUCACCACCUACCUGUCGUCCUACAGCGUGUUCCUCAGCUCCAUCGCCGGCGUCAUGUGCUCCGACUACUACCUCGUCCGCCGCGGGUACCUCGAGAUCAAGGAGCUGUACGACGCGCGCAAGACGGGGCCCUACUACUUCACCUACGGCUUCCACUGGCGCGGCUACGUCGCCUACAUCGCCGGCAUCCUCAUCAACGUCGUCGGGUUCGCCGGCGCCAUCGGCCGCGACGUGCCCGUGGCGGCCACCUACAUCUACAACCUCAACUUCUUUGGCGGCUUCAUCGUCUCGAGCAGCGUCUACUGGGGUCUCUGCAAGCUGUCGCCGAUCCCGGCCUGCAGCGACAGGUGGAUGGAGGUCGGAGACGAGAUCGACGACGUCCGCGUUGCCUACGGCGCCGACAGCCAGGAUUUUGACGAGGAGGCCGUCACUGGUUACUCCAAGGGUAUGGAUGAUGGAGCGAAGCGGAUUUGAAAGGAGCCCGUAUGAGAGGAAGAGGAGGAGGAGGAUGGUGUUGUUGUUGUUGUGUGUUUGGAUUUUCGAUGAUACCACUUGUGCAAAGAUUUGUUGAGACUGUGAGAUCAUAGAAAUAUUUCUUUAGUGAAGAAGCAGCAAGGAUAUUUCUAUACUUGAUUUUACAUGGAGAUAUA